AUGACAGCAUUGGGAGAAGAGGUCUCGAUGAGAGCCGCGACCAGAGACAGAGAGCCCUAUAAUGAAGCCUACAAAAAGUGGUCCAAGCAACAGAUUGCAAAGACCCAAUUCCAAGCGCUCGAACAAGCACUCACGGCCACCUACGUCGGACUACAACAAGGAAUGGAGACGCCAAACCAACAACUGGCAAAAUUCAACAUGAUCCAAUACGAAGGAGGCACGAUGAUGUACGACAGCGUGGCUAUGUUAUUUGGCAGAAUUGCCACCAUUCUAAAUGGGUUCAACCACAAGAAUCCCCCGCCAACCAACCUAUCAGACUUGGCAGGAGUAGCGUUCCAAGCCUUCACACAAGAAAUCAAGGACGUUGUGGCUGAACACCUAGAGACGGGAGCAGCAGUAGCACUACUUAUGGACUACCCCAGCAACCUGUCUCAAAUGCACCGCCUACGCGAACGAGCAGAGAAAGAAGAGAAGCGCAUCAAGCAAAUUGUGGGAAUUGCAAACAGCGCGGGACAAAUCAGACCCAACAGAAGCUACGUUCCAGGACGAUCCGCACCACCAAGACCAGGAGGAAGAGCUUUCGCGGGAUUCCACCAACCAGAAUUCCAAGGAUUCCAAGGAUUCCAGGACGAUCGCUCCUUCCAAGCUCCAGAGAUCUAG